GUUGUGAUGCGAGGCGAGAGCGGCGAAGCCAUCGUGGGCGCGGGCGUGGGGGAUGAGGGCAUGCUAUCGCGACAGAGCUCCGGGGGCGUCAAGUCCCCCGCCAGCCCCCCCCUGAGCGCCGCGGCCUCCCAGGUGUCGCUGGCGCCCAGCGACCUCACCACCAGCGACCCAGACAUCGCCGGCUCCUCGGCCUACUCGUCGGCGCCCUCCUCCAGGCCGCCCUCGUCCUCACAGGUGUCCCUGGCGCCCAGCGACCUGCACUCCAGCGACCUCGACCUCACGGCCACCUCCUCUCCCACGUCGUCCCGCCCGCCCUCCUCCUCGGGCAUUGCCACGCCCGACCUCACGCUCCCCGCGCCCGAGGACUACACGGCAGAGACAGUGGAGUUCCCGACGAGUCCCUUGGCCAUGAAGACAGUGGGCCUCAAGUCCAACGGCGUGUGCCUCGUGGACUCCGAGGAUUCAGGCACAGGCACACGCAGCAUGUCCAACUUCCUCAGCCCAGAUUACAAACCAGAUGAGCUAGAAUCUUGUGAGAAUUCUCCCAGACAGGGAGAUGGCUUUGAAGUCAGUAGUGACCUAGAGGAGGAUUAUUUCGAGGAAUUCCAUCUGCCAAACUCGCACGAAAACGCCUUCGUGCGGCACAAGAGCUUCCGCCGCAAGGUGAACCUGACCCCCAUCAACGCCCCCGACGCCGAGAAGAUCGAGGGCUUGGUGCGGGCGGGGGAGUUCCAGAGGCACGGCAGCAUGCGGCGGAAGAUCGUGCCCGCCGAGACCACCAUCCAGGAGCACGUCGACAAUGAAAAGUCCGCACUGGAUAGCAACGAGAACCUCAAGGAGGCCGGGGCGAACGUCACACUCAACUCCGAGGUGGGAACGUUCGCCAAAGACCUCCAGGAAAUCGAGAACUUGUUGAAUGACUGCGAAGUGGGGGAAGACAUCUCGGACAUCGUGCUGGAUUCAAGUGCGGGCAAUGACCUAAGGAAGGAAUUGGAAGAGAGCGACAGAUCGACGCUCCAGCAAGGGAAAAUCCAACACACGAACACGUCCACGCCCAAAACUAACAGCACAAGGAGCACUUCCACCUACGCCGCGACAGACCUGAGUUUGAGUCUGACGGAGGAGAGUCGCGAGGACGAGAGCCUCAGCAUCGAGCAGAGCACACUCAUGAAGGUGCGAGAGUGCCUAGACUUCACCAAGUACAGAGACAUGUACAACCUGAGUGGCAGAUUGCAGGACAUUCUGACACCAAAAGAAGUGGAGGAGAUAUUGAACAAUUCCGAACGGUAUAGCGAAUACGUAGAUAAGGAAGUAAUCGAAGCGUUACACAAUUCCCUGCAAGAACAGAUUAGUUCACACAACACCAGAAAUACAGUGGACAGUGGAAUUUCCUCGCCAAAGAAAACGGUCAUAACGACGGAAGGCCUCGAUCUGGGCAACACCGUGAAAAAGGAUAUCAGGGCAGUUUUCGACGACAGCAGCCCAGUAGUUCAUGAGAACGACAGCAAUAGUUCAAAGCGGUCCUCAGAUAUCUUCAUUGACGACAUUGACUUUGAUGACAGUGAUGACACGGGCUUCAGAUUUGAGAGGCGCAGAUCCCUCAGGCUGAGCAAGGAGGGCCACGAAGAGCUGGAAGUCGAAGGGGUCUUCGUCGAGAGCAAGUCGCAGGACCUCGGCAUGAAGAAGAUCCCGGCGCCCGUUCUCGACCUGAGCGGCGCGACGAGCGAAGACCUCAACGACGUGCCCGACCUGUCCAAUUCCGAAAUCCUCACUCCCCAGAGGCAGCCCGAUUUGCCAGGGAUGAGCGAGACCCGCGUACCAAACGGCGUCGCUCAGAACAAGCCGUUGGAGGUGCCAGACAUCGUCAUCACCGGGACCUGCGACCCGAUCGAAACCCAAAACGAGUCCACUGAAAAGCUAUUAGUCGAAGGUAGCGACUUGUCUGAUGUUACUACUCCGUCCCUCGUCAACACCCCGUCCGUCGUCAACACCCCGAGCACCACGUUUGAGUACAUGACGCCCGACGAAGAGAGACCAAGUGUCCUUGAUUUCGGGAACAUCAGCCAACGCAAGCGCAUUUCCGUGGCCGAAGACAUCUUGCGGUCGCCGGUGGAGGACGACAACAUCUCGGUUGCUUCGGCAUUUAGUCAACGCAGCGACGGUGAAGACGAAGAUGGCUUUGGUGACGAGGACUUGGAUAUCUACCAGACCCCGAAGGGCAACCUCGGGGCCCCCAGCGAGAGCACCCAGCACCUGGAGCCCAUCCCCACCCCGCCGCCACAGCUACUCAUCCCAGAGUUCUCCGCCUCCGAGGAGUCCGCCGAGGAGAGGCACUGGAGGAGCGUCGUCAUCGGCGGCGUCUGGCGCAGAAUAGACAUGAAGGUCAUCGCGCCCUAUCGCAAGUGUGUGAGUCACGGAGGUUACCUGGGUGGAGAUCAGAAUGCAGUGAUCGUCAUCAGUGCCUGCCAGUUGCCAGACCGCUCACGAAGAGACUACAACUACGUCAUGGAUAACUUAUUCCUUUACGUUUUGUCAACCCUGGAACAGCUGAUUGCUGAUGAUUACGUCUUAGUGUACCUUGCUGGAGGAACCCCCAAGUCUCACAUGCCAAACUUCCACUGGUUAAAACGAGCCUAUCAGAUGAUCGACCGCAAACUGCGAAAGAAUCUAAAAGCCCUCCAUGUGGUGCACCCCACCUUCUGGGUUCGCACAGUUGUUGCCUUCUCCAGACCUUUUAUAAGCACGAAGUUUUACCGGAAGCUUACCUUUGUCAAUAACCUUACGGAGUUAGCACAGGUUGUUCCCCUCGAUCAGCUAGAAAUUCCAGAUGCCGUUAAACAAGCGGACUUUGAGCUAAUGAUUCGAGAGAAGAAGAAGAACCUCAACAAGAGCAGAACACCCUCUCUGGUAGCCAGAUGAGGCACUUGUUCUCCACUUCCCUGAGCGUUUUUGCCUGUUGUUUGUCAGUUCAGACAGUCAUUGCUUGAGUGGUCUUUGAGUGUUUGCGUAUCUGGAUGUUUGUUGCCUUUUCCUUUCUUGUUUUUUGUCUAAAAUAAUUGUUUUAGUAAUGAGAAUAACACCUUCCUGUCAUGCUUCUUUUGUGUGGAUGAAAAAAAGCAAACUUUUUGCAUUAUAUUGAUUGUUAUUCUGUGAGAAUGUUAUGUAACAUGUAUGUCUGUCUGUGCUGUUUUUUUAUUAUUAAUGUCUUCAGGUUGUAGCUGUCUGUAUAUGCAUUUCAUUUAUGAAUCAUUUAAAUAGGUUUAUGAUGUGGAAAACAGUGUGGUUACAAUCAUAUAGCUGCCUGUUUCUGGAACCCUGUGCUGAAGCAGUGCAUUUAAAAGUUACAAGGAAAAGUCAUUUAUAUUAAGUUAAAAACUGUUUCAGAAAUCAGUUCUCAAUAUGAAGUGAAAUAAGUCUUUGCUUCAUGUAUUACUAAAAUAGUUUGGGAUUUUGAAAUACCAGGAGCUGUAGAGAAGAUUGUACUGUGUAAAUAUGUAAGGUAGAAGGUAUUUGCCAAAUUUGGAGGAACUGGCUCUUAGCAAUUAACCUUUUUCUUCAUUCAUGAUACAAAGUCUGAUUACUUAGGGCCCCUAUGCAUAUUCUGUACAUAUAACCUUACAUGCCAUAUGACUUAUAUUUCUAACCAUCUGGAGAAACUUAAAUGAAGCUUCCAGUCUUCAGAUGGAAUGUCACCGAAAUGUUUAGUUUCUCCUACUCCUGUAAAUAUAACAUUAAUGUGAUAUCCUAUGUGAUACUGGUAACUGUAUUGUGAUGAUCAUGACAGUUAACAGUGACUGGGAAAAAAGGAGAAAGUGUGUUUUUUUCCAUUUAUUUAUUUUUUAUUUAAACAUAUUUUUAUCAGAAUGGAGCAUUAUCUUUUAGAGAUGUGGGUGAAGGCUUGUAUCUGUACUAUUUUCAGUUGCAAGCCACAAUUGAAUUUAUAAAAAGCUUCUGCUAGUGAAGGGAUUUUAAAAGGACUGACAUAUUUCCUGUGUAGAUUUUCCUUCAGUGAUUUGAUCCACCUCUUCGCAGAUCAGCUGUUUACUAGUCCUCGUCAUCCACUUUGAAGAGCUUUAUAUUAAUAUAAAUGUAGUGCUUCCACUUAACAUACUUCUUGAUGAUAAACAAAUCAUAGGUUGAUCAACUCAAACACUUGAAUUUUCCCUUUUUUCCCCCCUUAUCAUAUGCUUCAUGGCACUUAAAGUGGUACUUCUUUUUUAAGUGCGAGUAAAUCUUACGGCUGUUCAAUUUAUGUCUUGCAUAUCUUAACUAGCUAUUGUGUGCAUAUGAAGAUGUAUAUUUAUUUUCUUUUAUAUAGUAAGUAAAGUUAACCUUGUGUUGACCUAAUAAACAAAAUCAAAUAUUA